GCGAAAUUUCAUUAUUAACAAUAUUUAAUAAAGCACUGAUAAAGAUGGUUAUCUACCUUUUAAACAUUCUAACAAUAAUUUUAUUAUCAAGCUCUGUUUUCUGAUUGCUGGUGAGUGGUGAAGACAAGGCACAUUUUUUUUAUUUAACAAAGGUCAUAACAAUGAAUUAUAAGUGAAAAAAAAAUUAGAUAUACCUACUUACAAAGGCACUAAGGAACGAUGGAGAGUAACUAUAACUCUACACAAAGUAUUAUUAAGGAUCAUUCAAAUCUUAAUCACAGCAUAGAUCUGAGCAAUGGUCCAAGUGAAAGUCCCGACGCAAACCACAGAAAGAAAAGAAAAUAUGCAGGCAGUCUGAACAAGCACGUGAUAUAUUUCAUGAUAUUUGCACUUAUUACAGCCCACGUAAUUUGGGCGACUGUUCAUUUCUUCCGACAGAAUAAUUACAAUGUGAGUUGGGAGACAUUUAGGGAGACCACUGAUAAAGGAUAUGGUCUUAUGGUGAUACUCUACAUCAUUUACGUAUAUUCGUUAGCAUACUAUUAUGUUUUUAAACCGUUUGCCGGAGAGCCACUGAAGAGAUACGUGUGGAAUCCUGCAAUUGAACUCUCACACAGUAUAAGAUAUGGAUCGUAUAUGUUUUACAUAUUUAUAUUUGCAAUAACUCUUGCAUAUUUGAUAUAUGAUGCCCAAGAUGACUAUAAAAGAUUAAUUCCGCUUGGAGGUCUUGUAGUCUUUCUACUUGCAGGAUUUGCAUUUUCUACAGCACAUCGAUUGGUCCCUUGGCGUACAAUAGCUUGGGGCAUAAUUCUUCAAUUCGCUUUUGGAUUUCUAACCAUAAGAUGGGAAGUGGGAAGAAAUGUUUUGAUAACGUUCUCGAAUCACGUGAACACGUUUUUGGACUACGGUGUGGAAGCUGCGGCAUUCACUUACGGUGACUUUUUGGUCAAUCAGGCUCAAGUUUUUGCUUUCAGAGCUCUAUCGGUAGUAUUCUUCAUCAAUUUCGUAGUGAAUUUACUCUAUUAUUAUGGACUAAUGCAAAAAUUUGUCAACAUGUUGGGAGGAGCACUUCAGUAUAUUAUGGGCACCACCAUAUGUGAGAGCGUGAAUAGUGUUGCUGUUGCUUUUGUGGGAAUGUCAGAAGGUCCAAUGAUGUUGAGGCCAUAUCUAAAGCAUUUGACUGAUUCCGAGCUACAUUCAAUGUUGUUAGCAGGAUUUGCUUCUGUGUCAGGAUCCACUUUUGCUGCCUACAUAAGUUACGGUGCAAGAGCCCAAGAUCUCAUUACAGCAAGUAUUAUGUCGUCACCUUCAGCACUUUGCUUCAGCAAACUCCUCUAUCCGGAAACUGAAGAAGUUAAAAUUAAAAAGAAAGAUGUGCGUAUGGUGGAAGUAGAACAUUCUUCUGCAAUCGACGCUGCAAGUAAAGGUGCAUUAGAUGCUUUCCAUUUGAUUGCCGCUAUAAUAUCUGGUGUUACUGCCACUUUGGCUUUUGUAUAUUUUUUGAACGGUGUACUCACAUGGCUUGGAAUGCUUGUAGGAUUCACAGAAGAUACAAAUAAAUGGACUCUGGAACUUAUUGCAGGAAAAAUAUUCAUUCCAGUAGCAUACAUUAUGGGAAUUGAAUGGGAAGAAUGCGAAAAAGUUGGUCAAGUAAUAGGAGUUAAAACCAUGGUCAAUGAGUUUGUGGCAUUCUCUAGACUAGGAGACAUGAACUUAUCUGCAAGAAGCAAAGUUAUUGCCACCUACGCUAUAUGUGGAUUCUCCAAUCCCGGCUCAAUGGGCAUUAUGGUUUCCACCAUGGCCACUCUAGUUCCUGAAAAGAAAGAAAACGUGACCAGAAUUAUUUUCAGGGCACUGGUAGGCGGUGCUUUGGUUUGUUUCAUGACCGCUUGCAUUGCUGGCGUUCUUAUGCCCGAUAGUGCUUUGGAUAUGGACAGUGUCACAACCGAUAACUCAACUAUUAAUUAUUAAAAAUUAAAUAAGCAGCCAGUUUUCAUGACAAAUAAUUUGUUUUAAAUUAAAGUUAGGAAUGAAACAUUGUAUGGUAUUUGUGUGUAAAAUAUCAGGGAUUUUGUGAAAAUUUUAUUUAACCUUUUUUUUUGUGUUUUACAUAGGUAGGUAGUUUGUUUUCCUAUAAAUUAUGACUUAAUAGUGAGAAUUUGCAAGUUCCUUGCACAGUGUCGAAAACUUUAUCCAAAAUUGUAUUAUGUUGUUUCAAUAUAUGUUAUAUUAUUUGCAUUUAAUAUUUUGUCUUUAGUUAAGUAUUUUUUCUUUUAUUUAGCCUAUUUUAAAUAUGUUUGUUUUCAAAAUAUAAAUACUUAUUCACAUACAUAAUUUUUGUAUGUUUGUUUAGUUUUAUUUAUCAACC